GCAAGUAAAUAGUAAACAAACAGAAACAUACUACAGCUUACCUGCGCGUGAGCUUUCCACUAAAUUAAAUACAACGACGACUUGAGUUUCAUUUCUCAACGAGUAAAGCUUAUGAUCAGACGUUGAUCCAUUCAGUACAGUACGCAAUGUGGAAGCAAAUAGUAACAGAAACUAAUAGGCAAUGGGCUACAUUAGGUAAAUAUCAUACGCGCUUAUGGCCUUUUGCACCUGCAGCAACUUUCACUUUUGCACAACAACCAACUGCUCGCAAGCUGACGUCAACGUCAGCAGCAAAGCCAACACCUCCGAAGCACGACUGGAAUCGCGCUGUCAGUGAGGCAGAACGGAUUGUUGGCUAUCCCACUUCAUUCCUCAGUCUACGGUGGCUACUUAGUGAUGAGAUUGCUAAUGUCGCUUUGCAUCUACGAAAAUUAGUCGGAAGCAAUCAUCCUUUACUCAAAACGGCAAAACAUUUGCUUUAUAAUGGCAAAAAUACAAUGCAAGCCUGGGGUCUAAUUGUAUUGCUGAUUUCAAAAGCCGCUGGACAUGCAUCCUCAGUGCCGGAUAUGGAACAAGAUAAAAGCGCCGGUGUAUUGCACUCUCAACGUGCAUUGGCAGAAGUUACCGAAAUGAUUAGAAUAUCUCAUUUGGUACACAAUAGUAUAGUGAAUCUACAACCAACAUCCGAGGCUGGAAAGGAUACAGCUUCUUAUGAGGAUAUGGCUUUUGGAAACAAAAUUGGAUUAUUAACUGGUGAUUACCUACUUGGUCACUCCAGCGCUGAAUUAGCUAAUCUACGUAAUCAAGAAGUCGUCGAAUUAAUUUCAUCAGCUGUUCGCGAUUUUUCUGAAUCGCAAUUUAUUGGCGACCGUGAUGAACAAAAUAAUCCACUACCUACAAAACCUGGAUCUGAACCUCCUGAAACGAACGGUACAGCAACAACAGAAAGCAUCGAUUUUGAUGUCAACGACGUGAUGAUACCUAUGAAUGUUUUGAAAGCCAUGGGUAAUCCUGAAAAGGAAUGGGAAUGUCGCAAUAUUUUAAAUGCAGGAUCUCUGCUAGGGAAAGCGUGUCAAGGCGCGUUAAAAUUAGCAGGGCAAGAUGAGGAUAUGCAACGGCAAGCAUAUCUUUUUGGUAAACAUUUGUCAUUGGCAUGGCAAGCUUGCUUGGAUGCCGAGCCAUUUCAAAUCACUACACUCCCUUUAGAUACCACGUUUAGUUUGGUAAGUGCGCCGGUUCUCUAUCAUCUAGAAUACGAUCCUUCAUUAUACGAUGAAAUUGAAAAGGGUAAAGUCUCUGUAGAAAAAAUUGACUACGUGAAAAUUCACAAAGCAAUUCUCGGUGGACCCGGCUUGGAAAAGACCAAAGAAUUGCAACGUAAACAUACUACCGCAGCAAUAGGAGUGCUUGAAAAGUUUCCUGCUACUGAUGCCCGUACAGCUCUUGAGAAUAUUAUUCUCGCAAUGCAGGAUUUGUAAUUAAGGGUUAUACUUCUUUAAUUACAAUCAAAUUAUUAAGGAUUUUCUUUUAGUACUUUUGUGCACAGUUUUAUAAAUAUUUAUAAUUGUCUGGUUUGCUGUUUCACAAUGACUUUUUAUAUUAAGUAAAUCUAAUAAAUACUUAAUUUUAUAAAUAAA